CAUUUGGGCACACUACAUUGAAUGCACUAUCUGGUCUAUUAUUGUUUUCUUUUUGUUGCGAGUUUGAUUGGAUUGGAUUGGAUAGAAGAAGCCUAGUAAAAAGACAAAGACCCAUCGUAGAGAUGCCUCGCCUCGUCAAUGGCCGCGAAGCCGCACCCACGUACUCUAAUCUGGUUGGCUUCAUAUUUAUUUUCAAUCUUAUCGUUGGAACUGGAGCUCUGACGCUACCCGGGGUUUUUGCCAGGGCAGGAUGGAUGCUUUCCCUGAUAGUAAUUGUUCUGCUGGCCAUUAUCAGUUACAUGACGGUCACUUUUAUUAUAGAGGCAAUGGCUUGUGCCAACGCCAUCAGGAAUUGGCAAACUCUGCAGGCCCUGCGCCAAAGUCGAAGUUCCGCUGAGAACAGUGAAAUCGAUGAUAAUGCUGAUGAUGUUUCCCUGGCAUCGGGUGCCGAGCAAGCUGGAGAUUUCGAGCGCGUUCCUCUGACCAUUCAGAACCGGGAGUUUCACUACUAUCAGCUGUCCCACAAAUUCGAACUGGGCGAAAUGGCGACACUAUUUUUCAAUGAGUUCGGCCGCAUAAUGUUCUAUCUGUGCCUGAUUGUUUAUCUUUACGGGGAUCUGAGCAUAUAUUCCGCCGCCGUGGCUAGAAGUCUGCGUGACGUCGUAUGUGAUCAAACAAAUGGAACGGAUACUAAUAACUUGAUGUAUUGGCUAGGAGACUUUGAGAACAAUACAUCUCGGGCAUGCUGGAAGGAACAUACAAUAUCUCGCUUGAACAUGUACAGGGUGUUACUCAUAGGAUUCACAUUGAUCUUCGGGCCAUUUGUGUACUUCAAUGUACAAAAAACGAAGUACUUGCAGAUGCUGACCGCUACCUUCCGGUGGAUGGCUUUUACUCUGAUGAUCUGCAUAUCACUAAAACUUUUGAUUUCUAGGGGUCCCAAAGGUCACCCAGAAACCUUUAAUGUGUAUGGAAUACCCUCGCUUUUCGGCGCCUGUGUCUACUCCUUUAUGUGCCACCAUUCGCUGCCCAGUUUGUUGGCGCCCAUCCGGCACAAGUCAAUGGUUUCCAAAAUUCUAUCCUUUGACUAUAUAAUCAUUUGUGCAUUUUACAUUCUGUUGGCCAUGACAGGCAUUUUCGCCUUUGAACGAAUCGAAGACCUUUACACAUUAGAUUUUUUGCCCUUCGAUGUCGCAUACGUAGACUUCUGGUCAGGUCUAUUAAUUUGCAUUGAUUAUUUUCUAGCGCUUUUCCCCAUUUUUACUCUGUCAACCAGUUUUCCCAUUGUUGCCAUAACGCUGAAGAACAAUCUUCAAUCUUUAUUCUUAGACAUGUCGCAAUAUGAAUCCUAUAGCGUUGUCCUACGCAUAUGCUUCCCUUUGCUGGCUAUUAUUCCGCCGUUUUGUAUCACUUAUUUUACUGAAAGCUUGUCCAGUUUGGUGGCAUUUACUGGUACCUACGCAGGCACUGGCAUCCAAUAUAUUAUCCCAGUAUUCCUGGUUUACUUUGCAAGGCGCACUUGCUCAGAACUCCUGGGAAGCGGCGUAGUUAAUCGUUUUCAAAGUCCUUUUAAGUCCAGUGGCUGGCUAAUUUUCGUUCUCAUUUGGUCAAUUUUAUGCGUCUGUUUGGUAUCUAUAAAUUUGUUCAGUUAAGUUGUUUUAGCUGCCAAUGUGUACAUAUUUUAAGGAGUUGAGCUUAUUACUGGUUAGUAAAGUACCAUGUGAAUUAAUUUUAAAGAAAGAUUAUCCAUCUUAUGUAGCUGUACAUAUUUAAUAAAAAUAUAUGUAAAAUAAGCGAACUUAAGUAAGUAAUGUAAUGUAAGUCAGUAUUGAAAUCGGCUGUGAAACAUAUCUUUCCAAUUUAUUUUUCAUAUAACGUCUGGAAUGUGAAAUCCUGCAUAUAAAAUGAGGUCGUAAUCAAUUUUUAUUAAUUAUAAUCGAAUCUUUAACUUAUAAAUUUAUUAAAAAGAUAUAUUAAAAGGUUUAAUAUAAAUUGUUAGUUCAGUACUGAAAUUUAAAAUCUACAUGUAUUUAUCUUACAAAUAAAAAUAAAAGACU